CCCAAAACUUCCUCCCCUUUUGUCCUUUUCGUGGUUGACCCGUCUUAUUGCUCCAGAGUUUUCCAAGCAUUGCUACAGCUUCACCAUUCGCACACGUUCGUACCGCCAAAAAUCUCGGUUCAAGACACCAUGUUCGAGGACGCCGAUCACGGAAGGGCCUACGAGCUCUGGCUGCAGCACAACAAUAUGCAGCAGACCAACACGGAGCUCGUGGUGCUCGACUUCCUCCGCACCACCUAUCCGAACCACCAUGUCACAGUUAGCAACCCAUCGAAAUGCGACCUCCUCGGCUUCGCCGCUGCUGGAUUCGCAACGGCGACGCAGAAAGACAAUUGCUUAGACCACGCUGUCCGCACAUACAAGGCGCCUGGGUACAGACUGGAGAAGGACGCAGGCAAGGUCGAAGACGAUCUCCAUUUUGGCUCCUGGCUGUACAGCUGGAACGACGACGACUAUCUCGUCUACCAAGCCGAGUACCAGGACCGCUGGGCGCGCGACAUCAAGUUGCUCUACGUCUUGCACCCGUUCGAGCCGGAGAAGCGCCACAACGCCGCCACGGAUGCCUUACUCCUGGAGGCCGGGAAGUGGACCAGGGAGCUCCACGGCGAGAUCUACGUCUUCGACAACGCCGAGUGGAAGAAAUCCAAGGGGCUCUGGAAGAGCGUCCAGGGCGCGUCGUGGGAGGACGUGAUCCUCGACGCCGACAUGAAGGCUGGCCUGAUCGCAGACGUGCAGGACUUCUUUGACGCGCAGGAGGCCUACCGCUCCAUGAAUGUUCCGUGGAAGCGCGGCGUGAUCCUCCACGGCGUGCCCGGAAACGGCAAGACCAUCUCCAUAAAGGCGCUGAUCAACUCGCUGGCUGGGCGCGAGGACCCCGUUCCCUCGCUGUAUGUCAAAUCUCUCGAUGCCUGCGCCGGGCCCAAGUGGUCGAUCCAGGAGAUAUUCAAGAAGGCAAGGACUAUGGCUCCAUGCCUUCUCAUCUUCGAGGACCUCGAUAGCAUGGUCACCCCCAAGACUCGCAGCUACUUCCUCAACGAAGUUGACGGCUUGGAGUCCAACGAGGGUAUCCUCAUGAUCGGGUCGACGAACCAUCUCGACCACUUGGACCCGGCCAUCACCAAGCGACCUAGCCGCUUCGAUCGCAAGUACCACUUCAAGCUUCCGGACGAGAAUGCACGCAGCGCGUACAGCCAGUACUGGUGCAACAAGUUUGCCAGUUCCGAGAAGGUCGACUUCCCCGAAACAAUCUGCCCGCUCAUUGCCAAGAUGACUCCUGGCUUCAGCUUUGCGUACCUGCAGGAGCUGUUCGUUGCGUCGCUGCUGACUCUAGCCCGGGGAACCUACGACGAAUCGGACCAAGACGAAGUGCCCCAGAGCAGCGGCGACGACAGCUCCAGUUCCGGCUGGGACGCCGUCACUGCCGAGAAAGAGGACAAGGGCGAGACGGCGGAGGCGGUGAAGGGACCGACUGAGGAAGCAAAGGCCGCUCCUCCUAAGGCGAAGAUGGUCAUGCCCCAGGUCGAGAUCCCGGACAUUUUGCAGGGCAAUGUCCUUCUUCGGAUCGUCAAGAAGCAGGCGUCCACGCUGAUGGAAGAGAUGGACAACACUGAUGGUGUGCCGGCAAAGAAAGAAUUGGCCUGUGAUGAUGUGGGAGAACCGCCGAUAUUCUCCCCUGCUUGGCUUGCUCUCCGGGCCCGUUGAGCAUGGUGGCGGCAAAGAAUGUACCUUACCUUGUCUUUGCAAUGACUUUGUGGCAGGAUAUUGUGGACGGUCAACGUAGAGUAGGGUACAUGUUAUUUGGUUUAUUUAUCAACCUCUAAAUAAUGAAGUGAUGUUCACAUGUACCGCGCACCAAACUCGGC